CACAUGGCUAUGACUAGUUAGAUGACAUUUGUGCUAUUGCUAUUUUCUAUUACAAAUAUUUUUAAAGAUUUUUGAACAGUACAUAGAAUCUUUCAGGAAAACAAAUUUAAUUAGAUGUUUUAUGCCCUUGAUAUUUACAAGAAAUUGACGUAUGAUUUCACCACGGAUCAUGUGAUUUGUUACUAAGUGUUUUUUGUUAGAAAAAAAUAUUUAUUUGAUAUUAUUUAUUUAUACUUCUAUUGCAAAUCAAUAAUCCACCAGAAAUUCAUAAUAAAAUGAAGACGUGGGGCGGGAGAAACGAUUUUACCGCAAAAGAAUUCUUGCUAGAUUCAGACGUCGAACUAAAAAGUAGCGAAGAGGACGAGCUUUUGAACCUGUACGACAAAAAAUUAAGGGAUAGCCUUUAUGCGAAAAAAUCUGAUGAUGAAGAACCCGAACAGAUGACCUCACGUAUUGGAGAGUACCUGAAGAAAAUGAGAGCAGAAGAAAAGAUAUUGAUUGGUAAUCUGAAGAACGGUAAGGCCAAUGAAGAGGAAAUCGCACAGAACAGGAAGAACAAAGAGGCUAUAUUGAAAAGGUUCGAUUACAAGGAUCAGUUGAGGCGUAUGAAAAGCCAGAACUUCUUCGACAGGUUCGAUUCUUCCGAAAGCGAAUCGGAUGCCGGUUCUGAUUUAGAUAUGGACGCCCUUACGAAAACAAUGGACAAAAUCAGUACAGGAAAAUCUCAUUCAGAGAAGAUUAAAACACUCAAAUCGGCUAGGAAAUCUUUCAUGUCAAGAAAUACGGACGUGAGGAAGAAAAUCGCCGAGAUGAAGAAGAUCCUAGACAAUACGGAGUUGCAACAAGAGGAAGACCAACUUUUCAAAACGAAGCAGGCGGUGGCGGAUUGGUUGGACGGAGAAGGUGCCGCUGCUUUCAAAAAACGAUUCAAUAAUAAGCCACCGAGCAAAUUAUGUUCGGACACAACGAUAAAAGGAUUUGCGGGAAAGAAAGUGUCAAAAACCGAAGUUAAAAAACCGGACCGCAGCCCUCUUCCACCAGUGAGGACCAACAGAGCUUUAAGACAAUCGGUAGAUAAUUUCAAAAAAGAGGACGUACUCAAAAUCCUCCGUGAUAUAGAACCCAUCCCUUCUAAGGCUAAAAGUUUCGCGGCGGGACAAGAAAAACCGUCGAUUUCCAAAAACGCUAAGAAGCCCGUCGCCUCCAAAGUGAACAGUGGGUUGCCCUCGAGGCUCCUCAAAUCGAAAAGCGAUUUCAGCAAGACCAUCAGCAAGACGAAUUUAACAAAAAAUCCAACCAGCAAGACAACCGCCAAAUGAACACGCUUUUAGAGAGUGAAUAACAGAAAAUUAAUCGUUAUUUGACUUUCAAACAUGCCUCAAAUAAAAUAUUGAAAAUAAAAGUGUAUUUUAUAUAUUUGAACUACUG